GCUAUUUGCAAUCUUAGCAAACAAAACAAACAAUUUCAUUUCGGAAGCAUAUAUUUAGGAUUAAUAUUAAAAUUCACGGUGUUUAACCGUUGGCAGCUUAAAAAAUGUAAAUCAAUAAAAUUGAAGUUGUUUAUUUGCUAAGAAACCGGCCAAUUAAAUAACUGACGUAAUCGAGCCGUGACAACAUCGCUUUUAUUGAUACAGGCCAUGUCUUACAAAAUUAUUUUCUUCUUGUAUUAAUGUGCAGAUUUUACGCAGUGAUGGUAACAGUAGAGAUGCAGGGGUAGUACUUCUACUUGCAAGGAUCUGUUUCAUAUAAUAUGGUGAUUGUUGUCUAUCGUCGAUAAACUUGAAAACAUUAGUUUAUAUUAAGACUGAAAUUGAUCUAAACAAAAUGAACGACCCGUGGGACGUAAAAUCUGUAAGGCAAUCUGGACAAUACUUGUCCUGCAUGAAGAUAAAUGGCGUGCCACUUCUGCCCCCUGUUUUCAUUUUCAUGGCAGUGGUGCUGGGCAUAGGUUUUCUUCCCGAAGAAAUAAGACUGCCAAAUAUCAAUAACAUACAAGCAAGUCAAAGUUACUGGACCUCACAGUUGUCGAAAGAAUGCCGUAAAGAAAUGCAAUAUUACAAACUACUGGCAAAAGAAGUGGAGAAACGAAUACUGCUCCUGAAGACAUUUACAUCUUGCAGUGAUUCUGAAGCCAGCGAAGAUAAGACUGAUGCACCAGAAAUACCUGAAUCUGAACAGAACUAUGAAUUGCCAGUAGAUGAUUUAGUAUCUGUUAACAAUGAAACAAUUGUAAAUGACGACAAUGAAAAAUCUUCAAAUAGAUCAGUAACAAAUUCACCCAAACUCAGUUCAUUAUCAAGUAACAACUCGGACAAAUUAUGUUCAAAUUUGACACCAAUUACUGAUACAGCAUUAAACGAGUCAUCAAAAUUAGUUAUUGAUGUAAGUUUGAGUUUUAGCCACACAGAUGAAACAACAUUGCAUGGAAAUAAAACUCUACCUCAAGACACACCCUCAGACUUACCGGAACAUGAUGACGAAAAACCUACGAAAGAAAACAAACCCGAUUUCAAACUCGAUUGUGAUAAAGUAAAGCAACCAUCAAAUAAAUCUAAUUUUGGUAUAAAUAAUAAAAGUGCUACAAUGGAUAAUUUCCUAUCCAGCAUGCAAUAUGAUGGACCAUCAUCACUCGGCGCAAAAAGCUUUACAGGUUCCCUUAAUGACAUACACAAAGGUAGUGAAAAAACUACACAAAGCAAUCCAUUAAUAAGACAAAGAUCAUACACUGUACUGACUCCUAGUCCCAUGUUGCUUGCACACUUGCAGAUACAGUCUCUGAGCACCGGUGUAGAGAUGGCAGCAAUAUCUAUGAGCGAGUCACGAUCCAAUCUAACUUCACCAAACAAAAAACGUAAGAGUUGGGACUUAGAGACAGCAAAGGCGACAUGGUCAAAUAUGGCGUUGGAAUUAAAGAAAAAUAAUAUUGUUAUUAAUGUAGCUUUAGAUGGAAGUAAUGAUUUAAAAUGCAAUGGCACUAAGAAACGCCUUUUGUCAAGGUCAGCUGACAAGUCUAAAGGACAAACAGUUCUAAGAUCUAGAUCCGCAGCCUCCGAGAAAACACGCUAUAGUAAUUUAACUUCUAAACCAACAAUACAGUCUGAGCCGAUACAUAGAAAUCACAAAUCUCGAAAUCCAACUAAAAAUGUUAACGAUAAAACAUUAUCUCAUCAAAAGUCAAAGGAACCUAAAUUGCAAUCACCACAACAAGGUUCUGAGAGCGAUGACCCUGACCCCGCCAAGCGAGUGAGAGAACUCUACGAGAGAAUACAAAAACAGCAGCUCAUUCAAAUGGCAACACUUGUUGAAAAACAAAAAAAGGAACAGAUUCUCCUGCAACAGGUUUUCGAGGAGCAAAAUAAUUUGCUUUUUAAUCAGUUGAAAACGAUUUGCCCAAAAUCACCUGGCGAAGUGAAAAAAGCUUGGAUUGACAAAAAUGAAACGCCAGAGCGAGGACCCGUCAGCCUCAGUCAGUUAAUCACUCCCAAACCUCCGGAAACGAGUGACCGCGACAGCCCCGUGUCUACCACAUUGACUGAUACAAAUAAUUACUUAAAUCAUUGUGAUAACGUAUUGAAAAAGAGUAGAGAUAUAACUAGCAGUAUAAAAAAACAGCAUAAGGAAUUCAAGAAUGAAAGUCAUUCAAAAACCUCACCGGCCAAAAGCGACGUAGAAAAGAUAAGGAAUCGUUCACCUAACAAUAGAAACACUUCUAGAAAACUUAUAUACGAUACGAGCGUUUCUUCCGACCGGGAAUACGACCUCAUCCUGACCGACCGCACUAACGACACGAUGGCCGACCUGAACGUCACCUUCCCUUCAGACAACAGUGAGGACGUCCGGCCAACGAGCCAGGUCGACGUAGAAAACUUACGCAGCGGCGAAAGAACCGAUCACGAUAGAUCGUUGACGACGAAAGACGAACCUAAAGCGACCGAUCGCGCCAUAAAAAGCGUAGAAGAUUCUAUAAAGAAUUCAAUUCUUGACGUUCGUGCUCGACUUCUUAAAAAAGAUAUAUUCCGAACUCCCCCUACACCCCAAGAGCGCGCGGCGGCGACUAAGAUAGUAGCGUACGCGAAAGGUUACCUGGUGCGUCGUCUGCUGCGCACUGAGCGCGUGCGGGCCACCGUGCAGACCAUCCGCGACGCGCUGCUCUGUGCCCUGCAGCUGCACCAGGAGCGCGCCGGCAUACGCGGCCCGGACGUCGACCUUCACCGUCGUCUUAUACAGCAGGUGACGUCACACAAACUCACACUCCCAUACAAUCGAUAUACAUAUCGCUCGGGUUACUUUAUUGAUGAUAAUAAUAUUUUAGUUCAUUCAACCUAACAUACUAAUUAAAGCAAAUAAUCCUAUUGUAAUUAAUGGUGUUGGUUUCUCUUUAAGUCUUCACGUGUUAUUCUUAUCGUCUACAAUUUCGUUGUCAGUCGUCUAACAGAUUUUGUAACAUUUGCUGCAAUGUCAAAAGUGCUGGUGGAUUCGUAACACACUGCAAUAGUUUAUGUUAACAUGUUGGUUUGUCAUUUUUGUCUUGUCUAUAUGGUGUGGUUUUUUAUAUUUUUUAUGAAAUGAAUGUAUGAAAAAUCUAGGAAGAAAAAAAACAUCGCUUUCCAUAUCUGAGACACGGAUACAAAAACAACCCUCUCUCUUAUACUCUUUGGAAAAACUGAGAUAAUAUGAUGUUCUUGUACGAGUGAUACAGACGCAUAUUGUGAUA